AUGAAUCUGUCCCGGGAGCAUGCGGCCAGCUUCGUCUUUCCUAAGCAGCACAGCUCCGUGCACCUCAUCCCUCCCCGGGGGAACCUCCCGCCCACAAAUUCACCCCCCCCUCGCUGGUGGGGGAGGCUGCGCUUGUGGAGAAGAAGCCCUCCCACACAGCAGAGGGCAAAGUCGUUCAUCUUCUGUCCUCGGGGGGAGGCGGGGGGAACUCCGGGCGCUGUGGAGGGGGAGAAUGGCAAAUUGGGGGGGAAGAAGUUCAGCCAUUUGGAGGGGGUGGCGACAUUAUGGCGGCUCUCGUGGCUGGCGAUGGUUCUGGUGUGUAUGUGCUUGCUGACGGUGCAGGGGUUGAUUCACUGGGCCAUGAGCAGCGGAGUUGACAGGAACGCACAAGGGUUCGAACUGGCUGCAAACCAGAUUGCCCUCACCUUCUCCCUAGAGGUGGUGGCCCUGGGCCUUGUCCUCAACUCUACAAACCCAUCCGAAGGCACCAACAGCAGCGCGCAGGCCGCGCUACAAGGCCUCCAGCAAGAAUGGACUUCAGGCCAGACCCGCCUCGCCACAGUUUCCUGCGGACUAACCUCCGCACAACAGAGCACGACCCAGCGUCUUUUGGAAGCAAGCUCGGCAUCGGGUGACGCUUUCUCAGCUGCGGUUGCGGGGUUUCUACAAGACAGAAGGUUGCAAGACGUGCAAAGCGCAAGCGCAGUGUAUCGGGGGUCACUGGAGGCGGUGGAAAAUGAGUGCGGAGCGCGACGGAGGGGGGGAGAAAGCGUGGUUCUGGGGCUGACGUGGGCGCUGACGUUGCUGGGCUUGGUGACGUCAGUGGGGCUGGUCCUUGGGACGCUGAGGUCACUCGUGAGGGCGAUGACGUCACUGGAGGUCAGGCACGCGCAGGUGGUCAAGGAAAUGGCAACUCAAUACGCGGACGCCCGGCGCACGUCCGCGCUUCAGCUGGGGUACAUCAGCCACGAGUUGCGCAACCCCCUGAAUGGCGUCAUGGGUCUGAUCCACCUGUGCCUUUCCUUCGUCACGCCGGCCGGCAGCCGCCGGUCCUCUCGGGCUGUAUCUGCCGACCACAGCGAAGAGCCGACUCCCUAUUUGGGGGGGGAGUUUUUUAGGGGCAUCGAGAGCCCCGGCCGCGACGAGCUGCUGAACUUCGGGCGCACACGGCUGUCCUCGGAAGUGGACGACUCGGCGAUGCUCAACAAAUCGUGGCCCGACGCGUGGCACACGCGCAGCUCGGCUUCCAGCGGAAGCAGCCCUCUAUUCGGCCCCCCGGUGAAUCUACUCUCGCGCCACGCGAAGCUGCCACGGUUGCCGUAUUUAGAGUCGCCCCCACGGGGGGGGACGCACUCCGCCGGGGGGGGGUGCGAGGUGUGCCACGGGCUGGUGUACGAUAACCUAUCGCUCGCGGAUAAGAGCUGCGAGCUUAUGAAGACCAUCAUGGGCGACCUGCUGGACAUGCAGCGGCUGGAGGCGGGCCAGGUCGUGAUGUCCAAAUCCUCCGGGACGCUCCUUGACGUCAUCCGCCACGUCACGCGCCUCGCGGAGACGCAGCUGCUGAUGCACGCGGAGACGGCGGAGACCGUAUCGCGUAUCCGGUCGCACAGCCGGCGGCUGACGUCAGGUGACUCGGGCUUCGCGGCGGUCGAACGCGCGAUGCGAGGGGAGGGGGGGGGCGACAUGGGCCCGGGGCCCAGGCAGUCGGACCCCCCCGGGAAGAAAGUGCGCGGGCGGUGGGAGUGGGUGCAAUCGGAUGGCGGGCGGAUCGGGGAGGGGCGCGUGAACGGGCGCGCGAUCCUGCGGUACGUGUGCGAUGCUGGCGUCAGCGGGACCAAGUACGAGAUGGACCGGGCCAGGAUGGAGCAGGUAAUGAGCAGUCUGGUGACCAACGCGCUCCGCGCGACGCGGCAGGGUGACACGUGUCCCGUGCUGCACGCGCGCACAAUGGAGGGCGACACGGGCGUGCGCCUCGAGGUCGUCGACCGCGGCCAGGGUUUAAGCGCGGCCGCGCGCGACACCGUCUUCGAGCCGUUCCUGCACACGUACUACCAGGAAGAGGGGCUCACGCUCGGCGUGGGGCUGAGCCUGUACAUCAGCAAACUGCUGGUCACCAAACAUAUGCAUGGCAGCAUCGGCUUCAGCAGCGAAGAAGACUUCGGGAGCACUUUCUGGGUGGAGCUCCCCUUGUCCCGGGUCCGAACCCCGGGGCCCUCCCUCUCCUUUACCACGGCAUCUUUGGCCGGUAACACCUCCCCCGGUUCUACACCGCGAGGGACUCGGCCUCCUUCCAAAACCGAAGCCACCACUUCAAAGACCCAGAUGCCUUCUUCCGGGGGGUUGGCCCCGCCUGCCGCGGCUGCCCCCCGGAGCGAAAAGGAAGCGUCCUCGGCGCCCAUCCUCCGGGAGCCUCCGCAGCUCGCGCGAGCCCGGAAGAAGUCCCCGGUGAAAGCGACUUCUGAAGCGGAACCCGGUGUGAACGCGCCCAAAGACGGUGCGAAUGCGCCCACAGACGGCGAGGCGCAGCCGAAAGCCGCGCGGCGCGCGAGGGAAAAGCCGGUCGGGGUAACCCUUCGGGCGGUUAGUCAGAUUGAAAUCGCUAACCCCCGGUCCCUUUCCAAGGGCGCGACGCUGCUCGGUUCCGCCGCCCCGACCACGGCGUCCAGCCGGAAGGAACUGUUCCGCUGGAGUUCCGUCCUGGUGCACGCCGGGGGAUCCCCCGGGGCGGAAACGGAAGACGGUUUCCGGGCGGACUUUCUGCACGGUCAGCGGAGCGUGCACCCCGUGGCGGAAGAAGAGGGCGAGGGCGAGAGCGCGGCCGCGACGCCGGAGAGCGCGCUGCCGAGUCCGAAGAAAGAGGCGGGGCGAGAGGAGCGGAAGCUGCACUGCCUCGUGGUGGAUGACGUGCACACGAACAGGCUGGUUCUGCAGAAGAUCCUUCACGUGCUGGGCCACACGUGUGACACGUCAGUGAACGGUCUGGAAGCCGUGGUUGCCGUCACCGGGCAAAAGCCGGCCGUCGAUGGGGCGCCUGUGCCGCGGGCGGAAGGGGAAGAGUCCGUCGUGACCAAAGACUACGACCUCAUUCUGAUGGACGUCCAGAUGCCGGUGAUGGACGGGCGGCGCGCCACGGAGCUCAUCCGGCACUGGGAGCACCAGCAGCUGACGAGAGCGCGUGCGGCCGCGGCCGGCCCGUGGGAUCCCUCUGAGGGGCCCAAGCACAACCUGCUGCCCAUCAUCUUUGUAACCGGGAACGUCAUGCCGGGCGAGGAGGCGCUCAUGCUCUCCAGCGGGGCCACCAAGGUGAUCGAGAAGCCGAUGCGCAUGAACGACCUGCGCGAGCUCAUCCGCGUGUACGUGCACGACCGCGCGCCCCCUCACCUGCCGCCGCUCACCCUGCAGAAGGUCUUUGGCUGGGCCGACAGCCGGGGUGCGCGCGGGCAAUAG